AUGCUGCUUCCUUAUUUUGUGCUAUUGCGUUUUAGUCAUCACAAAAUAAACUACAGCGACCCAGUUCUGUUAUCGAAGGCAGAACAGAAUUACACGCCUGCAAUCUUGAUGAACAGAGAACUGUUUGAACAGAUUGAGGAAUCUUGUCCGGCGCGUCAUUUGUUGUGUUCCAUGAAGAAACCUAGAGGAUACGGAAUGGUAAGACUGAAUCUGGACCCGCUGUUGGGAAUCACUGGGUAG